GUCGCGCUCAAUCGACGCAGUCUCGAGCCCGCAAGAUGGCGGCUGCUGGAGCGGGCCGGCUGAGACGGGCGGCUUCCGCCCUGCUGCUCGGGACCCCGCUCGGGACCCCGCGCCUCCCGCCCCGGGAACUGUCAGCCCCGGCCCGGCUCUACCAUAAGAAGGUUGUUGAUCACUAUGAAAAUCCUAGAAACGUGGGCUCCCUCGACAAAACUUCAAAAAAUGUCGGGACUGGACUGGUCGGGGCUCCAGCAUGUGGUGAUGUCAUGAAAUUACAGAUUCAAGUGGAUGAAAAGGGGAAGAUCGUGGACGCCAGGUUUAAAACAUUCGGCUGUGGCUCGGCGAUCGCCUCCAGCUCCUUGGCCACCGAGUGGGUGAAAGGGAAGACGGUGGAGGAGGCCUUGGCCAUCAAGAACACGGACAUUGCUAAGGAGCUCUGCCUGCCGCCGGUGAAGCUGCACUGCUCCAUGCUGGCUGAAGAUGCCAUCAAGGCCGCCCUGGCUGACUACAAGCUGAAACAGGAGCCCCAGAAACGAGAGGCUGAGAAGAAAGGAGGCCUCCCAGGCUGACGCCCCAGCAGCGCCUCAGAGCACACACGCCGAGCACCGCGGCGCCGAAGCAGCUCGGAACAGUCAGUCCGCUCCCAACCGCCGGCUAUUCAGUCCACGCUUAACCGCCUUAACCCUGUUCGUUUGUUUUGAGUUGACCGUCUGGCUUCAGACUGAAGGCGAGGAUGAGUCUCCACAUCUUGAGAGCCCAUAAAACGCACAAGAAUUUCACAUGGCCUGCAUCUGUUGGGGGCCGAGUGCCGACAGACGCCUUGGUUGUGAUCGUUUGAUAGUCACAGUCACUGUACAUAAAGCAUGUGUCAUAAGUAAAAGCGUGUCAGACGGCA